AUGGCGGACGCGGAAGGCGAGGCUUUGCGGGGGACCUUCCCCAGCUUCAUGGCGGAAGGGACAAUACUCAGCCAACGCGGGGAGCUGACCAAGGCCCUCGCCUGCUACACUUACGUGAGACAUAGGACAUAUAGUCCCUCCGCACUGCAGCAAGUAUAUUCUCUGUUGCUAGGCCCUUCUUCUGUGAAACUGGAGAACAGAGGAGACAUCUGCUUUCUGAGUCGUCAGGCAGAGAGUAAAAGAGCAAAACAGAAGCUUACUAUCAAAUUUACGAAAAAGGAUGCUAAAUAUCUACGUAAACAACAGCAACCUGUGAGGAAUGAGAAGACUGAACGGCAACUCCUUGGAGAACUCUAUGUUGACAAGGCUUUUCUGGAGAAAUUGCUCAAGGAUGAAGACUUGAUCAAAAGCACUACAAAGCAAGGGGUAACUGUUGGCAGCCUGAUCCAGGAAGGACUUUCCUAUCUGGACACCCGCACAGAUUUCUGGCAGCAGCAGAAACCUAUAUAUGCCAGAAUCAGAGAUCGAAAAUUGAUGCUGAAGAGAUGGACCAGAGAUCAAAAGCGAAAACCCUCUGAAGUGGCUAGAUACAUCCUGAAAAGCAUGGAGGACAUUGAUAUGUUGCUAACCAGUGGUUGCCCUGAAAGAAGCUGCCAGAAAGCUGAGCGUGUGCUGAAAAAGAUUCAAGGCUGGUCUGAUGAUGAAAUUCCUAACAGGAAUGAACUGAUUGGAAACCUCUACAGUUGUAUUGGAAAUGCUCAGAUUGAGAUGGGAAACUUGGAGGGAGCUUUACAGAGCCACCAGGUGGACUUGGAUAUUGCCAGAGAAAACAACCUGACUGAUGCCAUUUCCAGAGCCCUGGACAAUAUUGGACGAGUGUAUGCCCGCAUGAACAAGUACCAGGAAGCCAUUGAAACCUGGGAAGAGAAGAUUCCACUUGUGAAGACCAACUUGGAGAAGAUUUGGCUGUUUCAUGAAAUUGGGAGAUGCUGCCUGGAGCUUGAUAGAGCUGCUGAAGCCCGGGACUAUGGCGAGAGGUCCUUGCAGUGUGCGGAGGAGGAGGGAGACAUCGAGUGGCAGCUCAAUGGUAGUGUGUUGGUGGCACAGGCACAAGUGAAGCUGGAGAAUUUCCACUUAGCUGUUGCAUACUUCGAGGCAGCUCUAGAGAAGGCAAAGCGUAUCCAUAAUGAUGCAGCUCAGCAGGCGAUCAUCUUUGCUCUGGAUGAUACCAACAAAGGAUAUAUUAAGGAGUUGAGAGAAGAACAGAAACGUGAGAGGAUGCGUGAACUGGGAGAAUUCGAAGAGGAGGAGGAAGAGGAAGAGGAGGAGGAAGAAGAAGAGGAAGAAGAAGAAAGGGAAGACAGCAAAAGAGAUACCUAUGAUGCAAAUCUGGAAGAGGACACCACAGAAGAAGGCAAAGAAAGGGAGGAGUCUGAGAAAACUGAAUCAGAAGGGGAAAAACGGGCAUCGAGCUCAGAGGGAGGAGAAACGUUUACAUCUGAGGAAGAGGAGAUACAAGACCAAGAGGGAGAACGGACAGAAGAAGAAACAGACGAGGAAGGAGAGAAACAAGGAGAAACUGGGGGAGAAACUCAGAGAACAGAAGAAGAGAUUGACACAGAAAAGUCAAAUAUUUCAUGAGGCCUCUGAAAAUUUGCCCACAGGGACUCUUGGUUUCUAAGCCUUGAAUUGUCUGUCUCAUGGUGAUCAUCCAUUUCAGUCCACUGUCUUUUUUACCCAACUCACUCUUGGUAUCUUGCAGGGCAUUGAGAAAGAAACACUAUACAUCUGAGUAUUUUAAGAUAAUUUCAAGAGUGUAGGAAAUGCAUAUAUUUACGUAAGACCCUCAAAAGUCUAGUAUAUCUCUAGGUUAUCUAGAUAAAAAGGAACCGAUUUGACCAUUAAAUAUCCUUCAAACUUCA